GAUAAGCCAGCAAAGGGUAUUUCUACACCUCCAAGCUUUUCAGCAUUCGUGGAUGAACACUCGUAGCAUCGACGUGAAUUAAAUAGUUAUAGUAAGAAACAUGAGAGUGCACGAAUUUUUAAUAAUCUUGUUCACGAUCGGACUCGUUGCCUUACAACCGGGGGAAGGAACGCUCCAGUGCUACAAAUGCGACGGCGAUUCAUGUAAGGAACAGAAACUUGCCUUGGAAACGUGCAAGGCCGAUUCUCCAGUCACGACUACAACCAAUCCUCCAGACACGACUAGAACCAAUCCUCCAGACACGACUACAACCAAUCCUCCAGACACGACUAGAACCAAUCCUCCAGACACGACUACAACCAAUCCUCCAGACACGACUACAACCAAUCCUCCAGACACGACUACAACCAAUCCUCCAGACACGACUACAACCAAUUCUCCAGACACGACUACAACCAAUCCUCCAGACACGAUUUUAACCGGCUCUACAAUCUCGAGUACAUCCUCGACUAACGCCGGAGCUUCAAUUUCGAGUAAAUCCUCGAAUAAACCCCAAGCUUCAACUUCGAGUAUAUCCUCGGAUAAACCCGAAACUUCAACCUCGAUUAAAUCAACGACCACGAAGAAUGUCCCGACUAAACCAAAGAUCCAGAGUUCAACCACGAUUGAAUCAACGACCACGGAGAAAAACUUGCUUUCAGCUUUCACGAAUACUGAUAGAAAGCGUAGAAGUGUGAUCGAUCGGUUCUCACGAAUACAGUACGAUAGUGACAACGUUACAUAUCACUGUUAUUCAGAAACUGUGAAUGGCGUGGUAUCCAAGGGUUGUACCGCGGAAAAAGAUUUCUGUAAAGAUAAAGAUUCAUGUAACCUGUGCGAAACGAAUGAAUGCAAUUCGGCAACGUCAACUGUUGUAUUUACAUCUAUGAUCUUCUCUUUGGCAUUAAUCGUAUUAUUUGUAAGAUAAACUAACAAUUUUCUUAUUGUAAAGCCAGCUUUUUCAACAAUAACAAUCAACAAUGCCUCAGCAACGAUCAACUAGGUCUUUCCAUUUCUUCUUGAUAAACAGAGACAUUGUAUCGAACGGGCGUAGAGUUUUAUAAAUUUAACAGGAAGAAAGAAAUGGGAUUCUAUUGACAAUUAUAACUAAAAUAGCAUAUUGUACAUAUAUCUAUAAAUUUGUAAAAUAAAAGCUUUAUUUAUGUAA